AUGUCGGCCUCCAUAGACAGCAACGUGCUCCUGGCAGCGUACAUCCUCACCUUUAUCAUCGGCCUUCCCGCCAACAUCCUGGCCUGCUACGCCUUCAGCCGCAAGGUGCACGACAGCCCCACGCCCACCGACAUCCUCCUCCUCAACCUGACCUUGUCCGACCUGCUCUUCCUCCUCUUCCUGCCCCUGAAGAUGUACGAGGCCAUCCAGGACCUGCACUGGUACCUGCCGCACGUCCUCUGCUCGCUCACCUCCUUCGUCUUCUACACCACCAUCUACACCAGUGCCCUGCUGCUGACGGCGGUGAGCGUGGACCGCUACCUGGGCGUCGCCUUCCCCAUCCACUACCGACAGCUCCGCAAGCCGGUCUACGCGGUGGCUGGCGGAGCGUUUGCCUGGCUCUUUAGCGGCGCCCACUGCAGCAUUGUCUUCGUGGCAGAGCACAUCCUGAUCGGAAAUUACACGGCGGCCAACGUCACCACCUGCUACAAGGAAUUCAACGAGGCGCAGCGGGCGGUGCUGGUGCCGGCGCGGCUGGAGUUCUUCGUGGUGCUGUGCGUGGUGCCGCUGGUGAUCUGCGUGUUCUGCUACGUCAACUGCAUCCGCAUCCUGUACAGUCAGCCGCGCAUCGCACCUCAGCGCAAGCGCAAGGCCAUCGGUAUGGCGUUCGGAACACUGCUGGUGUUCCUGGUCUGCUUCCUGCCAUACAACUCCGCCCACCUGGUGGGUUUCCUCAGCGACAGCAGUCCACACUGGCGCUACUACACGCUACUGCUGAGCACCUUCAACACCUGCCUGGACCCCAUCAUCUUCUACUUCUCCUCUCCCAUAUACCGCAACACCACCAAGGCGCUGCCCAUCGUCAAGAUGUUCACCAUGCUUCGACGCAGGGAGAAAGCGCUGAGUGGCGACAAGGGGACUAAGACUUUGUCAGUGAUACCUUCGCUAGUACCACACCCAGGUGGUCCUCCACCAUCGUCGGAUGACCCUGGGGGAGUCAACAGUGCCUGA